AUGGAGCGCGAGGCAUCGUUUCAGGUAUCAGGAAGAGGAUCCAAGCGAAGUCCUGCCCACCUGGCUCCGUGUGCACAGGCUAGUUGGGAGUCCUUGCUCGAGGAGCGCAAGCGUCAGCGCGGCACAGGGGUGUCUUCAGCAGAUUGCUCGGCUGUUUGGGGCGCCCUGGACUCCUUGGACAGUCCGAAGCGCAAAGGGAAGCAAAACUUCCAGAUCGACUUUCAACUUGGUUCUUGUGCUGUUCGCGUCGACAAUGGAUUGCACUUGGCUGCGUGUGUUCCGAUGCUGUCUGCCCUGAUGGAAGGAGAGACCGGGUUGAGAAGCGUAGACCUCAGCUCGACGAAGGUUUGCCGUAGCGGCUUGCUGGCGGCGCUCCGCUUUGCUUCUUCGGGGCCGGGUGCGAACGAGCAAGAGAAAGGGCUCUGGACAUCCGGUGAAUGUCGGCCUAUUGCAUGUGCUUCGAGGCCUGGGGAGGCACAACUCGUGGAGGAUUGCCUCCAUUGCUUCGACGUCCUUCGGGCUGCCAACGUUCUGGGUCUUCCACGUCUUGAAGAGGCAGCCAGGGCGCGGCUCGAAGGAGCACCCGAAGGAGGCAGUAAAAGCAGAAUUUGGAGACCUGGCCACUCAAGUGGCCACUCAAGUGGCCACUCAAGUGGCCACUCAAGUGGCCACUCAAGUGGCUCUGAUGGCCUUUUGUGCGAGGCCUCUGCCAUGCCGCUUCUCGCUGCAAGCUUUGGGCAGGAGAAGCGGACCUCCCAGCGCUGCCUCCAGUUGCUGAGCAGCUCAGUGCGCAGCCAAGGCCGGGAGGUGUUACAGGGUCGUGAGCGACAGCUUGGGGUCAUCUAUGCAACACACCCGGUUGUUGGUGCCAUCUUAUCUGGCAUUUUCAAGGAGGCUAAGGAGGCCGCACCGACUACAAACGCUGCAAUCCCUAGAAGCACACCGCAAGAAAGACCGGAGGCUUCUGCCGUUCUGUUGGACUUAUUGUUUGGGCCGAGCCAUGUUACAAACCAGAACCAGCCUGUCGAUGUCAAGUCCCUCCAAGGGCUCCUGAACUCUGGAUACUCUGGCCCUUUACUGGCGCAUGAGGAUUGCGGCGAAAUGCCGUGCAAGGGUACAGGCACCGUGAGCUGUGAGCGGUCAGCAUCCCUCCCAUGA